GGCUAAGCUUUAUGUGUGUGUGCGUGCGUACGCUCAAAUACAAUUAUGUUGUGAAGGGGCGGAAGCUAACGUGGCUAACGUUAGCUCGCGGCAGCCAUCUUAGGCGAGCAUGUAAUAUUUGGCUAGCUGGAAGUGCUGGUGUGGCACACAACAAGAUGGCCUGUUAAUACUCGCACAGGAAGAAUUUCCGCGUCGGCAGCAGUGUGAGGAAUAAAACCGACUUAAUUAAUCAUAUAACUCGGUUUAUUGUCUGAUCACUAACGAGAGCACCAGCGCUGCGCCAAACAAAACACUCUUUACCCCCCGAUUCCCUCUUGAGUCCUCAUCCGGCUAAAAAACGGAGGUCGUGGGGCUGGAGUGUGUUCUCAUGGCCGAGUCAGAGACUGAAUGUGACACACCCGGCCUUGACACACUUGGGUCGGAGUGUGUCAUAGCCCACAGCCAUGUCGACCUUCAUUACGGAGCAGAAACUGAGAUCAUGACAGAAGAAAAGCGUGGAUUAGAGCUGGAGAUCCAUGGCUCAGACUUAAAGAUCCAGGGACUGGGGACAGAUCUCGGUGCUGUAGCCUGUGUGGAUGCAAUUGUAGCGGAGACAGACCAUGAUUACAUUAAGGUGGAACAUGGGGAGAUGCACUGUUUCACAGGUGCAGAAAUCAAGACGACAGGAACUGAGACUCUGCUGGGAGAGGUGCUGCUUAAGACGGAAAGCGAGCAUGUGGUGAAAGUCGAGUCUGAUCAUGGUGGGGAGCUGACAGUGGAGUCUGAGAAUGGUGUAAUCAUUCACGAAGCGCAUGGCCUGCAGUGCAACGAAUGUGGGGAGAUUUUUGGCAGCAUAGCUGAUCUUCACCAACACUUUGAGAUCCACAAGGACCUCAACCCGUACAUCUGUGUCCACUGUGGCGAGAGCUUUGCUGUGGAGGCCAGCCUCAAGCAGCACAUGAAGAUUCACAUGAAAGAAAAGCCCUACGUUCCUGGAGUUGAGAUCAUGGGCAAAGAUGUUAUUGAUGCUUUCAGUCUCAAGUCUCAUCAGAUGAUUCAUUUGCCAGACAAGCCCCACAGAUGCUCUGAGUGCGGUAAGAGCUUUGCGGCUGCCAUCACCUUGAGAGAGCACAUGAAGAUGCAUUCAGAAGACAAACCCUACAAGUGUACCCAGUGUAGGAAGAGUUUUGUCCGCAGAAGGCAUCUGAAAAAGCACCAGGAGGUCCACGCACGUGAGAAGCCAUACACCUGCGGCCAGUGCGGCAAAGGCUUUGCUACAACAUCCAACCUGAAGCAGCACCAGAAGACCCACGCUGCAGUCGUGCUCGGCGACAAACCCCACCGGUGCGCACAGUGUGGCAAGUGUUUUGCGGCUGCCGCUACUCUGAGAGAGCACCAGAGGAUCCACUCGGGUGAGAAGCCCUACAAAUGCAACAUGUGCAGGAAGAGUUUUGUCCGCAAACGCCACCUGAAGAAGCACCAGCAAGUCCACGCCGGAGGCAAACCCUACACCUGCAGACAUUGCAACAAGGGCUUCAAUCACUCCUCUUCUCUCUCUCGCCAUCAUAAGACCCACCUGCAGAAUCCAGUGUUUUCGCCACCUCCGCCUGGAAAGACCAUGACCUUUGGCACUCCCCCGAAGCAAAGGGUGCACCAGCAGGGGGACAAGCCCUAUAUGUGCCACCACUGUGAGAAGGGCUUCAAUCAUUCCUCUUCCCUGUCCCGGCACCAAAGAGUCCACUCAGAGGGAAAGAGUUACACAUGCGCUCACUGUGGCAAAAGAUUCAAUCACUCCUCUUCCCUUGCCAGGCAUCAGAGAGUUCACUUGGAGAGCAAACAGCAGCCGCAGCAGCCGCAAACGCCGCAGCCGCAACCACAGCAGUACACCACCAUUCCCACAGGGAAGGGAUUCCCUAACAAUGCCUUCCCCAAACAGCACAUCCUGUCUCCAGAAAAACCAUACAGGUGCUCCCAGUGUGGAAAAGGCUUUAAUCAUUCAUCUUCCCUCUCCAGACAUCAUAGGCUCCAUGUAAAUCAGUGAGCACACUUUCCAGCCCUUACACGCUGUUUCAUGCAAGCGCACACAUCCUCUGCUCCCCCAUUUCUGUUCUACCAAUGGUCCCAUCAUUGAUACCACCAUGCCACAGGAAACGUCAGGCCAACGCCUAUGAGACAAAGAUGGUCGGGUCAGCACAUUGCUACGUCAAAGUGGAGCAGUUUGAGUAUAAAUGGAGGCUAACACUCAAGUCUUGAAAAGGAAAUGUCUUGUCCAGAAGGACUUGUAACCUAUAAUUCAAAGCUGAACCCGGGACUUUGUGCUCAGUAUGAAGAGGGUAUAAUAGAUUGUGAAGGAGUCUCUGUUCUUGUUUGUGAUUGUGCUUCACUUGCUCCAGGACCUCUUUUUGAACACUUUUAAAAGAAAAAAGAAAAAAAAUGUGAUUUUGAAGAUCUACAUGACUAAAAAUUGUUACCCGGAGAAAAUACGAUUUACCUGUCUGAUUAGUCUUUUUGAUAGAAGAAUUCAGUUUAUGUACGUGCGCUUUUCAGCUGCAACUUUAUUCAAGACUACCGACACAAUUGGUGAAAAGAACUGUUGUCUCAAUUUAAAUUUUUUUUUUUUCACCCACAUAAUCCAUGUGAAGCAAACAUCACAAAUCCAAUGUAAAUAAUUAUUGAUUUUCUUUUAUAUAUGUAUAGGUGACUAGUGUGCUGUUCCAAAAGAUUACAUUUUUGAUAGUAAGAUCCAGUUCGUCUCCACCUUUUUUUUCUUUUUCUUUUUUUUUCCCUUUUAUGACUUUAAUUUGUUUUAAUUUGUUUUAAGUGUUGGAGAUAAACAUGUUGCAGGUGUUCAUGCAGCUUGUUCUUGAAUUUGGGCUCCAUCAAACAUGAGCCAUCUUGUAUAUUUAAAAGAUUGUUUUCUUGUAUGUCUACGAUGGGUUAGCACUGCUGCAUAGACUGUACAGAGAGCAAUACUGGCUGACACCCUGACUCUAUUAUGACAUGCAAUUUAGCCAUUAGAAAUGCAUAAUAGAAAAUAAAAAACCUACUGGGUAGCGUAUUACAACAUAACUUGUGUCCUAAUUAUUUACUGCGCAGUUUCCUCUGUACUCCUGCACCAAAUGUACAUGAAAUGCAACAUCACACUUUGUUAAUUGCUUUGGAGACUAAUUAAAAAUACCUGUGUAUAGACUAUAGGUAACACAUGUUGAUCAAGUAAAUUAUCACAAUUUGAUCCAAAAAAAAAAGGUUGUGUAUACUAAAAAAAGACUACACGAGGAAAUCUCACUUUUACAAGACUUAAAGAUUUUUCCGAAUUCCAGUGGAUUGCGCUCUAUUUACUGUUCUGUGUAAAAUAUCUUUUACAUACUGAUGUAUUUUUUUAGAUAUGGCUUGGGUUAUAUGAAAGGGAAUGAAAGAUAUACAGUUUUUAUGGGAGUGAACAUGGUGAGCAAUAUUUUCUUUUCUUUUUAUUUGGAUAAAAAAAUGUGCUUCAAACUGUAGCAUAGGUUUCUUCCUUGUGUUAGAUAGGUGCCUUAUUGCAUGCUAUGUAGAAAUGUAUGCCGAGCUGUUAUUUGAGAAAAAAGUUAGGGUUUUCAGGAGUCUUUUGUUCUUAUUCAUACUAACUUUACCCUACAUUUUAAUUUGAUGUCACUGAUACCUAUUGCUUUUUUGCUUUCAUGUAUAUUACCAUGCGUUUACACUGUUACGACCAUAUUGUCUUUAUUUUUUUUCCCCUUCAUUUUUGUCAAUGGCCUCAGUGUAGAAAGAAAUUGUAAAUUAUCCAUAUAAGCUUCUCUUAAGGGCAAAUCCUGUAACAUCUUCCCAGUUUCUGAGUGGCACAUAUAUGGAUAAAUAAAGGUUGUUGACUCUC